AUGGGGUCUGUGGUUUUGGGGUGCAGGUGGAUCGGUGAAGACCAUUACCCAGCACACCGCGACCAUUACCCAGCACCCAGCACCCCGCGACCAUUACCCAGCACCCCGCGACCAUUACCCAGCACCCCGCGACCAUUACCCAGCACCCCGCGACCAUUACCCAGCACACCGCGACCAUUACCCAGCACACCGCGACCAUUACCCAUUACCCAGCACACCGCGACCAUUACCCAGCACACCGCGACCAUUACCCAGCACACCGCGACCAAUACCCAGCACCCCGCGACCAUUACCCAUUACCCAGCACCCCGCGACCAUUACCCAGCACCCCGCGACCAUUACCCAGCACCCCGCGACCAUUACCCAGCACCCCGCGACCAUUACCCAGCACCCCGCGACCAUUACCCAGCACCCAUUACCCAGCACCCCGCGACCAUUACCCAUUACCCAGCACACCGCGACCAUUACCCAGCACCCCGCGACCAUUACCCAGCACACCGCGACCACUACCCAGCACCCCGCGACCAUUACCCAGCACCCCGCGACCAUUACCCAGCACCCCGCGACCAUUACCCAGCACCCCGCGACCACUACCCAGCACCCCGCGACCACUACCCAGCACCCCGCGACCAUUACCCAGCACCCCGCGACCAUUACCCAGCACCCCGCGACCAUUACCCAGCACCCCGCGACCAUUACCCAGCACCCCGCGACCAUUACCCAGCACACCGCGACCAUUACCCAGCACACCGCGACCAUUACCCAGCACCCCGCGACCAUUACCCAGCACCCCGCGACCAUUACCCAGCACCCCGCGACCAUUACCCAGCACACCGCGACCAUUACCCAGCACCCCGCGACCAUUACCCAGCACCCCGCGACCAUUACCCAGCACCCCGCGACCAUUACCCAGCACCCCGCGACCAUUACCCAGCACCCGCGACCAUUACCCAGCACACCGCGACCAUUACCCAGCACACCGCGACCAUUACCCAGCACCCGCGACCAUUACCCAGCACACCGCGACCAUUACCCAGCACCCCGCGACCAUUACCCAGCACACCGCGACCAUUACCCAGCACCCCGCGACCAUUACCCAGCACCCCGCGACCAUUACCCAGCACACCGCGACCAUUACCCAGCACACCGACCAUUACCCAGCACCCGCGACCACCAUUACCCAGCACCCCGCGACCACCCAUUACCCAGCACCCCCAGCACACCACCAUUACCCAGCACCCCGCGACCACCAUUACCCAGCACCCCGCGACCACCAUUACCCAGCACCCCGCGACCAUUACCCAGCACCCCGCGACCAUUACCCAGCACCCCGCGACCAUUACCCAGCACCCCGCGACCAUUACCCAGCACCCAUCCAUUACCCAGCACACCGACCAUUACCCAGCACACCGCGACCAUUACCCAGCACCCCGCGACCAUUACCCAUUACCCAGCACCCCGACCAUUACCCAGCACACCGCGACCAUUACCCAUUACCCAGCACCCCACGACCAUUACCCAGCACACCGCGACCAUUACCCAGCACCCCGCUGA